AAUUUAAAGCAAUAACUUUAGAAUUUGCUCUGAGAUCCGUUAAACCCCAACAACGAACACGAAAUUGACCGAUCGAUCUGCCAUUUUUUGUUGAUUUCAGCAGCUGUUUGAUCUACAGUUGAAUUUAAGCCACUGUGUGUGUUUAUGGCGGCUCCGUUCUUUUCGACGCCUUUUCAACCGUUCGUUUAUCAGAGUCCAGAAGAUGCUGUUACAUCUUUUCAGAUUUUGGGUGGUGAAGCUCAGAUAGUUCAGAUUAUGUUGAAGCCAGAAGACAAGGUCAGUGCAAAACCAGGUUGCAUGUGCUAUAUGUCUGGUUCCAUUCAAAUGGAAAACGUUUACGCCCCAGAAAAUGAAGCGGGAAUGUGGCAGUGGCUUUUUGGGAAGAAUGUGACUAAAACAUAUUUUCUAAAUAGUGGUUCAACUGAUGGGUUUGUCGGCAUUGCUGCUCCUUCUUUAGGAAGAAUUCUACCGAUUGACUUGGCAAAGUUUGGCGGUGAAAUAUUAUGCCAGCCGGAUGCAUUUCUUUGCUCCAUUGGUGAUGUGAAGGUCAGUAACACAUUUGAUCAGAGGGCACGCAAUGUUGUUGCCGGAGUUGAGGGUUUCUUGAGACAAAAACUAUCUGGACAAGGACUGGCAUUCGUUGUUGGGGGUGGAUCUGUCGUGCAGAAGAAUCUCGAGGUUGGCGAGACGCUUUCAGUGGACAUCUCUAGUGUCAUCGCUCUCUCAUCUACAUUGAAUGUGCAAAUCAAAUAUAACGGUCCAAUGAGAAGGGCGGUCUUUGGGGGCGAUAAUUUGGUAACCGCGAUGGUGACGGGACCGGGAAUCGUCUUUAUUCAGAGUCUGCCAUUCCCUCGUCUUUCUCAACGCAUUGCUAGGACGGUUACGUCUCCGAACAAUCCAAAGUUGUUAAUGCAGAUAGUCAUCUUUUGCUUUCUCGCUUAUUUUGUGCUCGUUUCAUCUUUGUUGUUUACCGACGUGUGACGUAUGUCUCUUUCGUUUAAUGGAAACAAAAUACCGCAUACCUAAAGACCUACCCAUUUUAUUGGAAUUUCUCGAGGAUAGAUGAAAAGGCAUAAUCCUUUUGUGUUGAUCAGAAUAAUAGUUUUGCCAUAUGAAAGAGUCUCUUUGAAUCUAAAA